UGACGAAAAAGCAGACGACACUUAUUUUUGGGGGGCACAUGCUGCCGCUACUUACUUCUUUCGGAUCGUAGAUGUCGCUAUUCUUGGACAAGAGAACGUCACUUUAUUUCACCAUGGUCCUGGAGGUAGAAUUACCUCCAUGAUUUCACCAACCUACUGACUUCUGUGCAGGUUUGCGAUGAACAAGAGUCAAGAAUGUCUACAAACAGAUAUGGUGCCACCACAAGUAUUUGGCUGUCCUGGUACAGAUAUAGCAGGAACAACUUUGACCACCACAUCACAGGCGUCAACUGCUAUGUGGAACACACCCAGUGGCUUCAAUAUUCAGCCCGGACCAAUUUUUGCACCCGUAUUUGAGUUUUCCAACAUCUAUAGUCAGACAUCAGAGUCCACGCAAUUCAAUUAUGGCUUCACUACCGUUGGUUAUCGGUUUGUAGAUAACGGUCCAACAAGUCCUCCGCAAAACAGUGCUUUCUGCACGUUCUUUGUGAGGACUGGAGUCAACAAUGAUGGUACCAUUCCAACAGUGCUCAACUGCCCAGGGAGCAUCACUCAGCCUAUAGCAUCCAGCCAAACUACUGCAGUGGUGAGCUGGACUGAGCCAAGUACCACAGACAAUAAUGGCGUAGUGCGACGUUCCUGGCGGUCACAUGCCCCCAACACUGCCUUUCCUGUUGGAACUACCCAGGUUACUUAUCAGUGGAUCGACCCAAGCAAUCCCAACUCACCAGCCCAGUGCAUGUUCACAGUGACUGUUUCCACUACAGGAACGGAUGGUGUGGUGCCUUCUUUGACCUGCCCUGCUGAUGUGGUUGCUAGUGCAAGUGGCAUUGCCACCUGGACUCCACCAACACCAACUGAUGCUUCAGGGAUCGCUUCCACAACCUCAACUUUAACCCCAGGAUCAGUAGUCCAGGAGGGUUUCACCACUGUCACCUACAAUACUGUUGAUGGUUCUGGCAACCGAGCCUCCUGUUCUUUCAUAGUGCGAAGAGCAGUAACCGGCGCUUACGGGCCGGUCAUCACAAGCUGUCCAAAUAAUAUCCAGCAGACAGUGACCAGUGGCGCCAGUGGUUUUGUGACAUGGACAGAACCAACAGCUUACGAUGACGGUGGGCAUGUGCGGCUUGUCAUGCAGACUCACUCUCCCAACACUGCUUUCCCUGUUGGCACAACACCAGUGGAAUACCUCUUCCAAGAUCCAACAGGGAGCACUGCUAGAUGUGUCUUCACGGUUGAACUCACUGUUACAGGUGGUGGUGACACCACACUACCGACAUUUACUAACUGUCCCACAACAUCGCCUGUCUUCACAAUCACUAGUGGGUCAACGACGUUUGUAAUUUGGCCUGUACCACAAGCAACAGACAACCAAGGCACACCCACUGUGACACAGAUUCUAGGGGUUUCUCCUGGCACUAGCUUGGCUGCUGGACAAUACACCAUCCGGUACCAAGCCCAAGAUGCAGCUGGUAACACUGCAUUUUGCAUGUUCACCGUCUUGGUUCAACAAGGUGGUGGUGACACCACACUACCGACAUUUACUGACUGUCCUACUACGUCACCCACCUUCAUGAUCCCAACGGGGUCCACCACGACGUUUGUAAGUUGGGCUGUACCACAAGCAACAGACAACCAAGGCACACCCACUGUGACACAGAUUCAAGGGGUUUCUCCUGGCUCUAACUUGGCUGUUGGACAAUACACCAUCCGGUACCAAGCCCAAGAUGCAGCUGGUAACACUGCAUUCUGCAUGUUCACCGUCUUGGUUCAACAAGCUGGUAACACAGGCAUAUGCAACCCCAAUCCAUGUAGGGAUAACGCCAACUGUUUCACCAGAACUUCAGCGGAAGGCUACGUCUGCGAGUGUAAUAUGCCGAAUCAAGCUGGAUACAAUUGCGAGGUGCAAACAGAAAAUCAGGAAGUGUUCACCUGCUAUGGGUCUCAGUGUUCAAGCGGCAGCUUCAUAUCUCUAAAUUACCCAAAUAACUACCCAAAUCGCUACAGAGCACAGUACCUCCUCUAUGUUCCUGGAGCAAGUGGAUUCACUUUCACAUUUGACACAGCCUUUCAAAUUGAGACUGAUAAAGAUGAGCUGUACAUUGGCAGAGGUUUAACUCCACCCAUCAGCGAAUUCAAUGGUGUAAACACCACUGUUGACGGCGUCUUCUUCUUUGAAGGCUAUAACGCCCCCAAUCCUGUGACAGUCACAAACACUGACACGAUAUGGAUGUACUUUCUCUCUGACAAAAACCUCCCAUAUAUUGGCUUUCGAGUGAGCUGGCAAAUUCUUGACACGCAGCCCCCAGUCAUAACAGGAUGUCCAGGUAAUCUCGUCAGACAAACCUUUACCAAUGCUCCCUUAAGAGUCACCUGGCCAGCUAUAACAGCAACAGAUGCGUCUGCCUUCACUGUCUCUGCAUCCCACUCAUCUGGAGAUCUCUUUCCUAUCGGCACAACACCUGUGACUUUUACAUUUGUGGACGCGGGCGGUCAAUCCUCCAUUUGCCAAUUUUCUGUCAUUGUUCGCUUGGUUGACAAUGAUCCACCUGUGAUCUCCGGUUGUCCUGAUGAUUUCUCUAGGACAACCUCAAAUAUGCAAGGCCUCACUGUCUUCUGGACACCACCGACUGCAACAGACGUUAGUUCUUUUGACACACGGUCAACACAUACGCCGGGACAACUUUUUCCUGUUGCAGCAACUCAAGUCACAUACACUUUUACUGAUGUAAAUGGGCUUUCCUCAACAUGCGCUUUUACUGUCACUGUCGUGUUCGUUGACAAUACGCCACCAGUGAUUUCGGGAUGCCCAGGCAAUUUAGUAUUCACCACCAAUACUUUCGGAGGGACUGCUUUUGUCACCUGGACACCACCUACUGCAACAGAUGACAGUCCAGUUACACAAACAUCCACUCAUAAUCCUGGGCAACAACUUCCCGUUGGCAGAACUGAAGUUGUGUAUACUUUCACCGAUACCAAUGGCCAGGCAUCCAUGUGUUCAUUCAUUGUUGAAGUGGUAUUCGUUGACAUUGAUGAUCCAUUCUUUGAUAACUGUCCCACUUCGUUCACUGUGACGGCCCCUUUUAAUGCUGGUGCAGACAUUGAGGUGACAUGGACAGCACCUACGGCUAUGGAUAAUGCUGGACCACCAACAGCUAUUCUGAUUUCCCAUAAUCCGGGGGACAGGUUUCUUGUUGGCCAAGUGACCACUGUCCUCUACAGAUACACCGAUGCGGCUGGCAACACAGGCGACUGUCGGUUUGAUGUGACCGUUACACGUGCUGUGGACAACGUGCCUCCUGUGAUCAACUGCCCAGCCAACAUCAUUCGAGAAGUCACGACUGGCACUCGGAAUGGAGUUGAAGUAACGUGGAAUUUACCCAUAGCCACAGACAACACUGGAUCUACGCCAACUGUCAUUCUGACCUCAGAUCAACAGCUGGGACCCGGUGCCUUCUUCCAGUUCGGAACUUACACCAUUGCUUAUAGCGCCGUUGAUGGGGCAAGCAAUUCGGCUCAAUGUUCCUUUACUGUAACUGUUGUGGAUCGAGUACCACCUGUACUCAAUUGCCCACCCAACCUUGUAAGAGAAGUCACCAGUGGCAAUCAGAAUGGAAUUCAAGUGUCAUGGAAUGUUCCUACAGCUACAGACAACAGUGGAGCUGCACCAAAUGUCUUCCUGACCUCAAAUUCACAGCAAACUCCGGGUUCCUUCUUUGCAUUUGGAACGUACACUAUAACAUAUACUGCCAGUGAUGGUUCAGGCAAUUCCAUGUCCUGUUCUUUUACUGUUAAUGUUGUGGAUCGUGUACCACCUGUGAUCACUUGCCCAGCUGACAUCACCCAACGAGUCACGACUGGUAAUCGGAAUGGAAUUGAAGUACAAUGGAGUCCUGCAACAGCCACAGACAACAGUGGAGCUGAACCAAAUGUCUUUCUGGGCUCAAAUUCACAACAAGGACCAGGUUCCUUUUUCCAGUUUGGAACCUACACCAUUACCUAUUUUGCCACAGAUGGGGCAGGCAAUUCCAUUCCAUGUUCUUUUACUGUGACAGUUGUUGACGAAGUACCACCUUCAGUCCAAUGCCCAGGGAAUGUGGCGUUUAGCAUACCAUUUACAGCUAAUGAUAGGGAGGUGGACUGGAGUGAGCCAGUUGUAUCUGACAAUUCUGGAACUGUCAGUUUCGUCUCAAGGACCCAUGAACCUAAUAGCCGUUUCCAACCUGGUAUUACUACUGUAAUGUAUACCUACCGUGACCCAUCAGGCAACACAGAAUCCUGUACUUUCACUGUAACAAUAACCCGACUGGAUGGCGUGCCGCCUGUGAUUAACUGCCCAGCCAACGUCUUACAAGAAGUCACGACUGGCAAUCGGAAUGGAAUUGAAGUGACAUGGAAUUUACCCACAGCCACAGACAACAGUGGAAUACAACCAACUAUCUCCUUGACGUCAAAUGCACAGUUAGGACCUGGUUCGUUCUUUCCAUUUGGAAGCUACACAAUUACUUACAGAGCUACUGAUGCGGAAGGGAAUUCCGAGUCAUGUUCCUUUAUUGUUACUGUUGUGGAUCGAGUACCACCUGUACUCAAUUGCCCAUCCAAUAUUAUACAAGAAGUCACCAGUGGCAAUCGGAAUGGAAUUGAAGUGUCAUGGACUGUUCCUACAGCUACAGACAACAGUGGAGCUGCACCAAAUGUCUUCCUGACCUCAAAUUCACAGCAAACUCCGGGUUCCUUCUUUGCAUUUGGAACAUACACUAUAACAUAUACUGCCAGUGAUGGUGCAGGCAAUUCCAUGUCCUGUUCUUUUACUUUGACAGUUGUGGAUCGUGUACCACCUGUGAUCACUUGCCCAGCUGACAUCACCCAACGAGUCACGACUGGUAAUCGGAAUGGAAUUGAAGUACAAUGGAGUCCAGCAACAGCCACAGACAACAGUGGAGCUGUACCAAAUGUCUUUCUGGGCUCAAAUUCACAACAAGGACCUGGCUCCUUCUUUCAGUUUGGAACCUACAGCAUUCUCUACAUUGCCUCAGAUGGGGCAGGCAAUUCCAUGACAUGUUCUUUUACUGUGACAGUUGUUGACGGAGUACCACCUUCAGUCCAAUGCCCAGGGAAUGUCGCGUUUACCAUACCAUUUACAGCUAAUGAUAGGGAAGUGGACUGGAGUGAGCCAGUUGUAUCUGACAAUUCUGGAACUGUCAGUUUCGUCUCAAGGACCCAUGAACCUAAUAGCCGUUUCCAACCUGGUAUUACUACUGUAAUGUAUACCUACCGUGACCCAGCAGGCAACACAGAAUCCUGUACUUUCACUGUAACAAUAACCCGACUGGAUGGCGUGCCGCCUGUGAUUAACUGCCCAGCCAACAUCUUACAAGAAGUCACGACUGGCAAUCGGAAUGGAAUUGAAGUGACAUGGAAUUUACCCACAGCCACAGACAACAGUGGAAUACAACCAACUAUCUCCUUGACAUCAAAUGCACAGUUAGGACCUGGUUCGUUCUUUCCAUUUGGAAGCUACACAAUUACUUACAGAGCUACUGAUGCGGAAGGGAAUUCCGAGUCAUGUUCCUUUACUGUUACUGUUGUGGAUCGAGUACCACCUGUACUCAAUUGUCCAUCCAAUAUUAUACAAGAAGUCACCAGUGGCAAUCGGAAUGGAAUUGAAGUGUCAUGGACUGUUCCUACAGCUACAGACAACAGUGGAGCUGCACCAAAUGUCUUCCUGACCUCAAAUUCACAGCAAACUCCGGGUUCCUUCUUUGCAUUUGGAACAUACACUAUAACAUAUACUGCCAGUGAUGGUGCAGGCAAUUCCAUGUCCUGUUCUUUUACUUUGACAGUUGUGGAUCGUGUACCACCUGUGAUCACUUGCCCAGCUGACAUCACCCAACGAGUCACGACUGGUAAUCGGAAUGGAAUUGAAGUACAAUGGAGUCCAGCAACAGCCACAGACAACAGUGGAGCUGUACCAAAUGUCUUUCUGGGCUCAAAUUCACAACAAGGACCUGGCUCCUUCUUUCAGUUUGGAACCUACAGCAUUCUCUACAUUGCCUCAGAUGGGGCAGGCAAUUCCAUGACAUGUUCUUUUACUGUGACAGUUGUUGACGGAGUACCACCUUCAGUCCAAUGCCCAGGGAAUGUCGCGUUUACCAUACCAUUUACAGCUAAUGAUAGGGAAGUGGACUGGAGUGAGCCAGUUGUAUCUGACAAUUCUGGAACUGUCAGUUUCGUCUCAAGGACCCAUGAACCUAAUAGCCGUUUCCAACCUGGUAUUACUACUGUAAUGUAUACCUACCGUGACCCAGCAGGCAACACAGAAUCCUGUACUUUCACUGUAACAAUAACCCGACUGGAUGGCGUGCCGCCUGUGAUUAACUGCCCAGCCAACAUCUUACAAGAAGUCACGACUGGCAAUCGGAAUGGAAUUGAAGUGACAUGGAAUUUACCCACAGCCACAGACAACAGUGGAAUACAACCAACUAUCUCCUUGACAUCAAAUGCACAGUUAGGACCUGGUUCGUUCUUUCCAUUUGGAAGCUACACAAUUACUUACAGAGCUACUGAUGCGGAAGGGAAUUCCGAGUCAUGUUCCUUUACUGUUACUGUUGUGGAUCGAGUACCACCUGUACUCAAUUGCCCAUCCAAUAUUAUACAAGAAGUCACCAGUGGCAAUCGGAAUGGAAUUGAAGUGUCAUGGAAUGUUCCUACAGCUACAGACAACAGUGGAGCUGCACCAAAUGUCUUCCUGACCUCAAAUUCACAGCAAACUCCGGGUUCCUUCUUUGCAUUUGGAACGUACACUAUAACAUAUACUGCCAGUGAUGGUGCAGGCAAUUCCAUGUCCUGUUCUUUUACUUUGACAGUUGUGGAUCGUGUACCACCUGUGAUCACUUGCCCAGCUGACAUCACCCAACGAGUCACAACUGGUAAUCGGAAUGGAAUUGAAGUACAAUGGAGUCCAGCAACAGCCACAGACAACAGUGGAGCUGUACCAAAUGUCUUUCUGGGCUCAAAUUCACAACAAGGACCUGGCUCCUUCUUUCAGUUUGGAACCUACAGCAUUCUCUACAUUGCCUCAGAUGGGGCAGGCAAUUCCAUGACAUGUUCUUUUACUGUGACAGUUGUUGACGGAGUACCACCUUCAGUCCAAUGCCCAGGGAAUGUCGCGUUUACCAUACCAUUUACAGCUAAUGAUAGGGAAGUGGACUGGAGUGAGCCAGUUGUAUCUGACAAUUCUGGAACUGUCAGUUUCGUCUCAAGGACCCAUGAACCUAAUAGCCGUUUCCAACCUGGUAUUACUACUGUAAUGUAUACCUACCGUGACCCAGCAGGCAACACAGAAUCCUGUACUUUCACUGUAACAAUAACCCGACUGGAUGGCGUGCCGCCUGUGAUUAACUGCCCAGCCAACAUCUUACAAGAAGUCACGACUGGCAAUCAGAAUGGAAUUGAAGUGACAUGGAAUUUACCCACAGCCACAGACAACAGUGGAAUACAACCAACUAUCUCCUUGACAUCAAAUGCACAGUUAGGACCUGGUUCGUUCUUUCCAUUUGGAAGCUACACAAUUACUUACAGAGCUACUGAUGCGGAAGGGAAUUCUGAGUCAUGUUCCUUUACUGUUACUGUUGUGGAUCGAGUACCACCUGUACUCAAUUGCCCAUCCAAUAUUAUACAAGAAGUCACCAGUGGCAAUCAGAAUGGAAUUCAAGUGUCAUGGAAUGUUCCUACCGCUACAGACAACAGUGGAGCUGCACCAAAUGUCUUCCUGACCUCAAAUUCACAGCAAACUCCGGGUUCCUUCUUUGCAUUUGGAACAUACACUAUAACAUAUACUGCCAGUGAUGGUGCAGGCAAUUCCAUGUCCUGUUCUUUUACUGUUAAUGUUGUGGAUCGUGUACCACCUGUGAUCACUUGCCCAGCUGACAUCACCCAACGAGUCACGACUGGUAAUCGGAAUGGAAUUGAAGUACAAUGGAGUCCUGCAACAGCCACAGACAACAGUGGAGCUGAACCAAAUGUCUUUCUGGGCUCAAAUUCACAACAAGGACCUGGCUCCUUCUUUCAGUUUGGAACCUACAGCAUUCUCUACAUUGCCUCAGAUGGGGCAGGCAAUUCCAUGACAUGUUCUUUUACUGUGACAGUUGUUGACGGAGUACCACCUUCAGUCCAAUGCCCAGGGAAUGUCGCGUUUACCAUACCAUUUACAGCUAAUGAUAGGGAAGUGGACUGGAGUGAGCCAGUUGUAUCUGACAAUUCUGGAACUGUCAGUUUCGUCUCAAGGACCCAUGAACCUAAUAGCCGUUUCCAACCUGGUAUUACUACUGUAAUGUAUACCUACCGUGACCCAGCAGGCAACACAGAAUCCUGUACUUUCACUGUAACAAUAACCCGACUGGAUGGCGUGCCGCCUGUGAUUAACUGCCCAGCCAACAUCUUACAAGAAGUCACGACUGGCAAUCGGAAUGGAAUUGAAGUGACAUGGAAUUUACCCACAGCCACAGACAACAGUGGAAUACAACCAACUAUCUCCUUGACAUCAAAUGCACAGUUAGGACCUGGUUCGUUCUUUCCAUUUGGAAGCUACACAAUUACUUACAGAGCUACUGAUGCGGAAGGGAAUUCCGAGUCAUGUUCCUUUACUGUUACUGUUGUGGAUCGAGUACCACCUGUACUCAAUUGCCCAUCCAAUAUUAUACAAGAAGUCACCAGUGGCAAUCAGAAUGGAAUUCAAGUGUCAUGGACUGUUCCUACAGCUACAGACAACAGUGGAGCUGCACCAAAUGUCUUCCUGACCUCAAAUUCACAGCAAACUCCGGGUUCCUUCUUUGCAUUUGGAACAUACACUAUAACAUAUACUGCCAGUGAUGGUGCAGGCAAUUCCAUGUCCUGUUCUUUUACUGUUAACGUUGUGGAUCGUGUACCACCUGUGAUCACUUGCCCAGCUGACAUCACCCUACGAGUCACGACUGGUAAUCGGAAUGGAAUUGAAGUACAAUGGAGUCCUGCAACAGCCACAGACAACAGUGGAGCUGAACCAAAUGUCUUUCUGGGCUCAAAUUCACAACAAGGACCUGGCUCCUUCUUUCAGUUUGGAACCUACAGCAUUCUCUACAUUGCCUCAGAUGGGGCAGGCAAUUCCAUGACAUGUUCUUUUACUGUGACAGUUGUUGACGAAGUACCACCUUCAGUCCAAUGCCCAGGGAAUGUCGCGUUUACCAUACCAUUUACAGCUAAUGAUAGGGAAGUGACCUGGAGUGAGCCAGUUGUAUCUGACAAUUCUGGAACUGUCACUUUCGUCUCAAGGACCCAUGAACCUAAUAGCCGUUUCCAACCUGGUAUUACUACUGUAAUGUAUACCUACCGUGACCCAUCAGGCAACACGGAAUCCUGUUCUUUCACUGUGACAAUAACCCGACUGGAUGGCGUGCCGCCUGUGAUUAACUGCCCAGCCAACAUCUUACAAGAAGUCACGACUGGCAAUCGGAAUGGAAUUGAAGUGACAUGGAAUUUACCCACAGCAACAGACAACAGUGGAAUACAACCAACUAUCACCUUGACAUCAAAUGCACAGUUAGGACCUGGUUCGUUCUUUCCAUUUGGAAGCUACACAAUUACCUACAGAGCUGCUGAUGCGGAAGGGAAUUCCGAGUCAUGUUCCUUUACUGUUACUGUUGUGGAUCGAGUACCACCUGUACUCAAUUGCCCAUCCAAUAUUAUACAAGAAGUCAGCAGUGGCAAUCAGAAUGGAAUUCAAGUGUCGUGGACUGUUCCUACAGCUACAGACAACAGUGGAGCUGCACCAAAUGUCUUCCUGACCUCAAAUUCACAGCAAACUCCGGGUUCCUUCUUUGCAUUUGGAACAUACACUAUAACAUAUACUGCCAGUGAUGGUGCAGGCAAUUCCAUGUCCUGUUCUUUUACUUUGACAGUUGUGGAUCGUGUACCACCUGUGAUCACUUGCCCAGCUGACAUCACCCAACGAGUCACGACUGGUAAUCGGAAUGGAAUUGAAGUACAAUGGAGUCCUGCAACAGCCACAGACAACAGUGGAGCUGAACCAAAUGUCUUUCUGGGCUCAAAUUCACAACAAGGACCUGGCUCCUUCUUUCAGUUUGGAACCUACAGCAUUCUCUACAUUGCCUCAGAUGGGGCAGGCAAUUCCAUGACAUGUUCUUUUACUGUGACAGUUGUUGACGAAGUACCACCUUCAGUCCAAUGCCCAGGGAAUGUCGCGUUUACCAUACCAUUUACAGCUAAUGAUAGGGAAGUGACCUGGAGUGAGCCAGUUGUAUCUGACAAUUCUGGAACUGUCACUUUCGUCUCAAGGACCCAUGAACCUAAUAGCCGUUUCCAACCUGGUAUUACUACUGUAAUGUAUACCUACCGUGACCCAUCAGGCAACACGGAAUCCUGUUCUUUCACUGUGACAAUAACCCGACUGGAUGGCGUGCCGCCUGUGAUUAACUGCCCAGCCAACAUCUUACAAGAAGUCACGACUGGCAAUCGGAAUGGAAUUGAAGUGACAUGGAAUUUACCCACAGCCACAGACAACAGUGGAAUACAACCAACUAUCACCUUGACAUCAAAUGCACAGUUAGGACCUGGUUCGUUCUUUCCAUUUGGAAGCUACACAAUUACCUACAGAGCUGCUGAUGCGGAAGGGAAUUCCGAGUCAUGUUCCUUUACUGUUACUGUUGUGGAUCGAGUACCACCUGUACUCAAUUGCCCAUCCAAUAUUAUACAAGAAGUCACCAGUGGCAAUCAGAAUGGAAUUCAAGUGUCGUGGACUGUUCCUACAGCUACAGACAACAGUGGAGCUGCACCAAAUGUCUUCCUGACCUCAAAUUCACAGCAAACUCCGGGUUCCUUCUUUGCAUUUGGAACAUACACUAUAACAUAUACUGCCAGUGAUGGUGCAGGCAAUUCCAUGUCCUGUUCUUUUACAGUUAACGUUGUGGAUCUUGUACCACCUGUGAUCACUUGCCCAGCUGACAUCACCCAACGAGUCACGACUGGUAAUCGGAAUGGAAUUGAAGUACAAUGGAGUCCUGCAACAGCCACAGACAACAGUGGAGCUGAACCAAAUGUCUUUCUGGGCUCAAAUUCACAACAAGGACCUGGCUCCUUCUUUCAGUUUGGAACCUACAGCAUUCUCUACAUUGCCUCAGAUGGGGCAGGCAAUUCCAUGACAUGUUCUUUUACUGUGACAGUUGUUGACGAAGUACCACCUUCAGUCCAAUGCCCAGGGAAUGUCGCGUUUACCAUACCAUUUACAGCUAAUGAUAGGGAAGUGACCUGGAGUGAGCCAGUUGUAUCUGACAAUUCUGGAACUGUCACUUUCGUCUCAAGGACCCAUGAACCUAAUAGCCGUUUCCAACCUGGUAUUACUACUGUAAUGUAUACCUACCGUGACCCAUCAGGCAACACGGAAUCCUGUUCUUUCACUGUGACAAUAACCCGACUGGAUGGCGUGCCGCCUGUGAUUAACUGCCCAGCCAACAUCUUACAAGAAGUCACGACUGGCAAUCGGAAUGGAAUUGAAGUGACAUGGAAUUUACCCACAGCCACAGACAACAGUGGAAUACAACCAACUAUCACCUUGACAUCAAAUGCACAGUUAGGACCUGGUUCGUUCUUUCCAUUUGGAAGCUACACAAUUACCUACAGAGCUGCUGAUGCGGAAGGGAAUUCCGAGUCAUGUUCCUUUACUGUUACUGUUGUUGAUCGAGUACCACCUGUACUCAAUUGCCCAUCCAAUAUUAUACAAGAGGUCACCAGUGGCAAUCAGAAUGGAAUUCAAGUGUCGUGGACUGUUCCUACAGCUACAGACAACAGUGGAGCUGCACCAAAUGUCUUCCUGACCUCAAAUGCACAGCAAACUCCGGGUUCCUUCUUUGCAUUUGGAACGUACACUAUAACAUAUACUGCCAGUGAUGGUGCAGGCAAUUCCAUGUCCUGUUCUUUUACAGUUAACGUUGUGGAUCGUGUACCACCUGUGAUCACUUGCCCAGCUGACAUCACCCAACGAGUCACGACUGGCAAUCAGAAUGGAAUUGAAGUACAAUGGAGUCCUGCAACAGCCACAGACAACAGUGGAGCUGCACCAAAUGUCUUCCUGACCUCAAAUUCACAGCAAAGUCCGGGUUCCUUCUUUGCAUUUGGAACAUACACUAUAAUAUAUACUGCCAGUGAUGGGACAGGCAAUUCCAUUCCAUGUUCUUUUACUGUGACAGUUGUUGACGAAGUACCACCUUCAGUCCAAUGCCCAGGGAAUGUCGCAUUUACCAUACCAUUUACAGCUAAUGAUAGGGCAGUGACCUGGAGUGAGCCAGUUGUAUCUGACAAUUCUGGAACUGUCACUUUCGUCUCAAGGACCCAUGAACCUAAUAGCCGUUUCCAACCUGGUAUUACUACUGUAAUGUAUACCUACCGUGACCCAUCAGGCAACACGGAAUCCUGUUCUUUCACUGUGACAAUAACCCGACUGGAUGGCGUGCCGCCUGUGAUUAACUGCCCAGCCAACAUCUUACAAGAAGUCACGACUGGCAAUCGGAAUGGAAUUGAAGUGACAUGGAAUUUACCCACAGCCACAGACAACAGUGGAAUACAACCAACUAUCACCUUGACAUCAAAUGCACAGUUAGGACCUGGUUCGUUCUUUCCAUUUGGAAGCUACACAAUUACCUACAGAGCUGCUGAUGCGGAAGGGAAUUCCGAGUCAUGUUCCUUUACUGUUACUGUUGUUGAUCGAGUACCACCUGUACUCAAUUGCCCAUCCAAUAUUAUACAAGAGGUCACCAGUGGCAAUCAGAAUGGAAUUCAAGUGUCGUGGACUGUUCCUACAGCUACAGACAACAGUGGAGCUGCACCAAAUGUCUUCCUGACCUCAAAUGCACAGCAAACUCCGGGUUCCUUCUUUGCAUUUGGAACGUACACUAUAACAUAUACUGCCAGUGAUGGUGCAGGCAAUUCCAUGUCCUGUUCUUUUACAGUUAACGUUGUGGAUCGUGUACCACCUGUGAUCACUUGCCCAGCUGACAUCACCCAACGAGUCACGACUGGCAAUCAGAAUGGAAUUGAAGUACAAUGGAGUCCUGCAACAGCCACAGACAACAGUGGAGCUGCACCAAAUGUCUUCCUGACCUCAAAUUCACAGCAAAGUCCGGGUUCCUUCUUUGCAUUUGGAACAUACACUAUAAUAUAUACUGCCAGUGAUGGGACAGGCAAUUCCAUUCCAUGUUCUUUUACUGUGACAGUUGUUGACGAAGUACCACCUUCAGUCCAAUGCCCAGGGAAUGUCGCGUUUACCAUACCAUUUACAGCUAAUGAUAGGGCAGUGACCUGGAGUGAGCCAGUUGUAUCUGACAAUUCUGGAACUGUCACUUUCGUCUCAAGGACCCAUGAACCUAAUAGCCGUUUCCAACCUGGUAUUACUACUGUAAUGUAUACCUACCGUGACCCAUCAGGCAACACGGAAUCCUGUUCUUUCACUGUGACAAUAACCCGACUGGAUGGCGUGCCGCCUGUGAUUAACUGCCCAGCCAACAUCUUACAAGAAGUCACGACUGGCAAUCGGAAUGGAAUUGAAGUGACAUGGAAUUUACCCACAGCCACAGACAACAGUGGAAUACAACCAACUAUCUCCUUGACAUCAAAUGCACAGUUAGGACCUGGUUCGUUCUUUCCAUUUGGAAGCUACACAAUUACCUACAGAGCUGCUGAUGCGGAAGGGAAUUCCGAGUCAUGUUCCUUUACUGUUACUGUUGUUGAUCGAGUACCACCUGUACUCAAUUGCCCUUCCAAUAUUAUACAAGAGGUCACCAGUGGCAAUCAGAAUGGAAUUCAAGUGUCGUGGACUGUUCCUACAGCUACAGACAACAGUGGAGCUGCACCAAAUGUCUUCCUGACCUCAAAUUCACAGCAAACUCCGGGUUCCUUCUUUGCAUUUGGAACGUACACUAUAACAUAUACUGCCAGUGAUGGUGCAGGCAAUUCCAUGUCCUGUUCUUUUACAGUUAACGUUGUGGAUCGUGUACCACCUGUGAUCACUUGCCCAGCUGACAUCACCCAACGAGUCACGACUGGCAAUCAGAAUGGAAUUGAAGUACAAUGGAGUCCUGCAACAGCCACAGACAACAGUGGAGCUGCACCAAAUGUCUUCCUGACCUCAAAUUCACAGCAAAGUCCGGGUUCCUUCUUUGCAUUUGGAACAUACACUAUAAUAUAUACUGCCAGUGAUGGGACAGGCAAUUCCAUUCCAUGUUCUUUUACUGUGACAGUUGUUGACGAAGUACCACCUUCAGUCCAAUGCCCAGGGAAUGUCGCGUUUACCAUACCAUUUACAGCUAAUGAUAGGGCAGUGACCUGGAGUGAGCCAGUUGUAUCUGACAAUUCUGGAACUGUCACUUUCGUCUCAAGGACCCAUGAACCUAAUAGCCGUUUCCAACCUGGUAUUACUACUGUAAUGUAUACCUACCGUGACCCAUCAGGCAACACGGAAUCCUGUUCUUUCACUGUGACAAUAACCCGACUGGAUGGCGUGCCGCCUGUGAUUAACUGCCCAGCCAACAUCUUACAAGAAGUUACGACUGGCAAUCGGAAUGGAAUUGAAGUGACAUGGAAUUUACCCACAGCCACAGACAACAGUGGAAUACAACCAACUAUCUCCUUGACAUCAAAUGCACAGUUAGGACCUGGUUCGUUCUUUCCAUUUGGAAGCUACACAAUUACCUACAGAGCUGCUGAUGCGGAAGGGAAUUCCGAGUCAUGUUCCUUUACUGUUACUGUUGUGGAUCGAGUACCACCUGUACUUAAUUGCCCAUCCAAUAUUAUACGAGAAGUCACCAGUGGCAGUCAGAAUGGAAUUCAAGUGUCAUGGAAUGUUCCUACAGCUACAGACAACAGUGGAGCUGCACCAAAUGUCUUCCUGACCUCAAAUUCACAGCAAACUCCGGGUUCCUUCUUUGCAUUUGGAACGUACACUAUAACAUAUACUGCCAGUGAUGGUGCAGGCAAUUCCAUGUCCUGUUCUUUUACUUUGACAGUUGUGGAUCGUGUACCACCUGUGAUCACUUGCCCAGCUGACAUCACCCAACGAGUCACGACUGGCAAUCGGAAUGGAAUUGAAGUACAAUGGAGUCCUGCAACAGCCACAGACAACAGUGGAGCUGCACCAAAUGUCUUCCUGACCUCAAAUUCACAGCAAACUCCGGGUUCCUUCUUUGCAUUUGGAACGUACACUAUAACAUAUACUGCCAGUGAUGGUGCAGGCAAUUCCAUGUCAUGUUCUUUUACUGUGACAGUUGUUGACGAAGUACCACCUUCAGUCCAAUGCCCAGGGAAUGUCGCGUUUGACAUACCAUUUACAGCUAAUGAUAGGGAGGUGACCUGGAGUGAGCCAGUUGUAUCUGACAAUUCUGGAACUGUCACUUUCGUCUCAAGGACCCAUGAACCUAAUAGCCGUUUCCAACCUGGUAUUACUACUGUAAUGUAUACCUACCGUGACCCAUCAGGCAACACGGAAUCCUGUUCUUUCACUGUGACAAUAACCCGACGGGAUGGAGUGCCACCAGUGAUUAACUGCCCAGCCAACAUCUUACAAGAAGUCACGACUGGCAAUCGGAAUGGAAUUGAAGUGACAUGGAAUUUGCCCACAGCCACAGACAACAGUGGAAUACAACCAACUAUCUCCUUGACAUCAAAUGCACAGUUUAGACCUGGCUCGUUCUUUCCAUUUGGAAGCUACACAAUUACUUACAGAGCUACUGAUGCGGAAGGGAAUUCCGACUCAUGUUCCUUUACUGUUACUGUUGUGGAUCGAGUGCCACCUGCAAUCACUUGCCCAACCAAUAUUAUACGAGAAGUCACCAGUGGCAAUCGGAAUGGAAUUGAAGUGUCAUGGACUGUUCCUACAGCUACAGACAACAGUGGAGCCGAACCAACAGUGACUUUGUCAUCAAAUCCACAACAAGGACCUGGUUCUUUCUUCCAAUUUGGAAGCUACACAAUUAACUACAGAGCCAUUGAUGGGUCAGGCAACAACGAAGUUUGUUCCUUCACUGUCACUGUUGUUGAUAGGGUGCCCCCUGUCAUCACCUGCCCGGCUGAUAUCAAUGAGGAAGUCUCCACCGGCAAUGACAAUGGAGCUAAUGUGAUCUGGAGUCCACCGACUGCUACUGACAACUCUGGCAGUUCGCCGACUAUCACGCUGACCUCCAAUCCCAACCAAGGACCCAACGCCUAUCUCAUGUUUGGAACCUAUACCAUUACCUACCGAGCUACUGACGGAGCAGGCAAUGCCAACACUUGUAGCUUCCGUGUCAUUGUUCGGGACACUGUGCCACCGAGGGUAGUGUGCCCAGCAAGCUUUACACGGACAGUAAGCAUCGGUGCCACAGGCGCAGCAGUGACCUGGUCCACGCCUACAGCCACAGACAAUGCAGGGGAUGCUACCUUUGUAGAGUCUACCAGAAACUCUGGUGAUUUCCUGCCCGUGGGUGUCACACAAGUGACGUACACAUACGUAGACCUCUUUGGGAACCGUGGCAUGUGCUCCUUUACAGUCACAAUCACUGAAGUGGAUGGAACAACGCCUACACUGCUGUCUUGCCCAUCGGACAUUACCAUCACCAUCCUUGCUGGCACUGCCCCUGUUCAAGUGGACUUUGUAGCGCCCACGGCCACGGACAAUUCAGGCAAUGUCCAACUGGUGUCUAAUACUUUCAACCCCGGGGACAAUUUCCCCGUCGGCAACUCUGUGGUGACCUACCGUUUUGAGGACGCUGCCCAAAACUUUGCAGUGUGCACUUUCACUGUGACUGUCAUGGAGGCCAAUCCUUGUUUGUCCCAGCCCUGCAUGAAUGGCGGGGUAUGUGUGGCAGAGUCAGUCACUGCAUACCGCUGCAUCUGCACACUCUGUUUCUCCGGUACCCAUUGUGAAAACGCUGUUGAUAUCUGCCAGUCCAACAACUGUCAGAAUGGUGGAGCGUGUACAGCGUUUCCUGGCUCAUGUACACAGUAUGAAUGCCAGUGCUCCGACUGCUUCAUCGGACGAUUCUGCGAAACCAUUGUCGACAGCUGUGAAAACAACCAGUGCGCCAAUGGCGCCUCGUGCUCUCCCAGAGUGAACAAUUGUCUGGAGUAUACCUGCCAUUGUCCAGCUUGUUACACUGGACAGUUCUGUCGUAUCCCUGUUUCUCCGUGCACCACCAACAAUUGCCAGAAUGGAGGUAUCUGUCAAGCUCUCACAUCCAGCUCUCCGUUUGCUUGCCAUGAAUACACCUGCGCCUGCUCUGGGUGCUUCACUGGGCAGUGGUGUCAGGAGACUCGUGAUGCUUGCAAUCCCAACCCGUGCUUGAAUGGUGCCGUUUGUACAACCCAGUCAAACGAUUGCUACGCCUACUCCUGCCAGUGUCAGGGCUGCUUCACUGGUUACAAUUGUGAACGAACAAUCGAGUCUCCCUGCCAGCUGAACCCUUGUCAGAAUGGAGGCACCUGCAACACUGUGGUCGGAGCCUGCCGGAGCUACACCUGCCUGUGUCCACUCACCCACACUGGCUCAGAAUGUGAACUCGUCGUCACAGUGAACCCCAAUCCAUGCAACAGCUUCCCGUGUCUAAACGGCGCAACCUGCCUCACCAUGGACGGCACUCACUACAUCUGCGUCUGUCUCAACGGCUUCCUGGGAGAGAACUGCCAGUCCACAACGACUACUCUGCCACAGCUUGAUGGCUGCGGAACUUCACAAUGUUCUAACGGAGGAAUGUGUUACAACAGCUACAACAGUAACUCACGGGGACAAUUCAGAGUUCAGUACACCUGCAUAUGCGCUUCGGGCUUCAGUGGCAGCAAUUGCAAUUUCCAAAUAAGCACAAACCCAAAUUUCAACAUCUGCGCCUUACCAACGCGACCACCUUGCGAGGCAGGUGCACCUUGCUCCAAUGCUUUCCACAGCUUUGACGGCGAUGUCGACUACUUCUGCUCUUGCCCAGACGGGUACAUCGGUCACAACUGUGAGACCAGAUACGGUAAUCCAUGCCUUAGCGCACCUUGUCGCAACGGUGGCACAUGCACAUCGUUCAACACCUACUUCACUUGCCAGUGCGCUAGCGGCUUCGCUGGAACCAUUUGCGAGAUACUAGUCGGUGAUAACACUCCACCAGUCAUCACCGGCUGCCCGUCGUCACUCACUCGCAACCUCCCAACAGGGUCUGCUACCGUAGUCAGCUGGACUGCCCCCCAGGCUACCGACAAUUCGGGCACCGCCAACUUGAUCUACUCUACCCAUCCAAACCCCAGCGGCACCUUCCGCGUCGGUGUCACGGUAGUCAGCUACGUAUUUACUGACCCCAGUGGGAACGACGCCACCUGCACGUUCUUUGUCACCAUCACAAGUGGCGUUACAGACAACAUUCCACCCACAAUCACAAACUGCCCAAUCCAAGGUGUGCGGGCAACCCUCCCAACUGGAGCCACUCGAGUGCAAGUGUCUUGGACGGUGCCAUCCGCCACCGACAACUCUGGGCAGCAAGUAACCAGCACGUCUAAUUACAACCCAAUGAGUACUUUCCCGUUGGGCAACACCAGGGUGACGUACACAUUCACCGAUGCCAGCAGAAAUAGUGCGACCUGUACAUUUGACGUCAUCGUCACAGUGGCACAAGGGGACACCAUUCCCCCCGUCAUCAGUGGCUGUCCAGUGCAAGGUGUGACUGUGACAGCCCCAGCCGGCGCCACCUCGGCUGUCGUGACGUGGACCCAACCCACGGCAGUGGAUAACUCUGGAGGAGUGGUGACGCGCUUAACAAACCGCUCACCGGGCCAGACGUUCUCCGUCGGAACAACGGCUGUCACGUACAUAUUCACUGAUCCGUCUGGAAACAGUGACACCUGUAACUUUAAUGUCAUUGUGUUAUCUGGCGGUGCUGACAACACUCCGCCGAUAGUCAGUGGGUGUCCAGUGCAGGGUGUGACAGCAAUGGCCCCUACAAGUGCUACCUCAGCAGUUGUGAAUUGGCCUGAACCAACGGCAGUGGACAAUUCCGGAGGAGUCGUAACACGCACAUCAACGCGAUCACCAGGCCAAAGCUUUGCCAUUGGAGUGACGAAUGUAGUUUACACAUUUACUGAUCCGUCUCAGAAUGUAGCAACCUGUUCCUUCACUGUCACUGUCACAAGAACCAUAGACAACACAAUACCUGUGAUCAGUGGAUGUCCAACAGAUCGGACUGUAAAUCUCCCAAGUGGUUCGCCCUCUGUAACUGUGUCCUGGACCGAACCUACCGCAACAGACAAUUCUGGAGCGGAACCAACACGGACAGGAAGCCACACACCAGGCCAGAGCUUCACCAGUGGAGUGACAAACGUUGGGUACACAUUCACAGACCCGUCUGGCAACCAGGCCUUCUGUAACUUUAUUGUCACCGUUGUAGGAGGCACUGGAGACACCACCGCCCCAGUGAUCAGUGGAUGUCCAUCGGGUGUGUCUAUAUCUGUCCCAACUGGUGUUACUUCAGCAACAGUGUCUUGGACUGAGCCUACAGCAACAGACAAUUCCGGAGCAGAACCGACACGUACAUCAAGCCACUCGCCGGGCCAGAGCUUCAACGUCGGAACGACAAAUGUGAUAUACACAUUCAGGGAUCCUUCUCAGAAUAUGGCAACCUGUUCCUUCAUUGUCACCGUCCAAGUGGGCGGUGUAGAUAUGACAGCUCCUGUCAUCAGUGGUUGCCCAGCCGAUAUAACUGUCAACCCGGAUGCUGGUCAAACCUUUGCCACUGUAACUUGGACACCACCAACAGCAACAGACAACAGUGGAGCUCAGCCAAAUGUAGCCAGUACUCAUAAUCCCGGGCAAAGAUUUAAUGCUAACACAGUCUCCCGAGUAACCUACACAUUCUGGGAUGCCCGAGUCAACAUUGCCACAUGUCAAUUCAGUAUCACGGUCACAGACGGUAGUGGAGGUGAUAUGACUGCACCGACAGUCAGUGGUUGUCCAUCGGGUGUGUCUGUAACAGCUCCUUCUGGUGCAACAACAGCAACAGCGUCUUGGACCGAACCUACAGCUACCGAUGAUUCCGGGGCAGUACCAACACGUACAUCAAGCCACUCGCCAGGCCAGAGUUUCCCCCUUGGACAGACAAUGGUUGAAUACACAUUCAGGGAUCCAUCUGGCAAUCAGGCCAUGUGUGUCUUUGUUGUCAAUGUUCAAGGAGGCACUGGAGACACCACCGCCCCAGUGAUCAGUGGAUGUCCAUCGGGUGUGUCUAUAUCUGUCCCAACUGGUGUUACUUCAGCAACAGUGUCUUGGACUGAGCCUACAGCAACAGACAAUUCCGGAGCAGAACCGACACGUACAUCAAGCCACUCGCCGGGCCAGAGCUUCAACGUCGGAAUGACAAAUGUGAUAUACACAUUCAGGGAUCCUUCUCAGAAUAUGGCAACCUGUUCCUUCAUUGUCACCGUCCAAGUGGGCGGUGUAGAUAUGACACCUCCUGUCAUCAGUGGUUGCCCAGCCGAUAUAACUGUCAACCCGGAUGCUGGUCAAACCUUUGCCACUGUAACUUGGACACCACCAACAGCAACAGACAACAGUGGAGCUCAGCCAAAUGUAGCCAGUACUCAUAAUCCCGGGCAAAGAUUUAAUGCUAACACAGUCUCCCGAGUAACCUACACAUUCUGGGAUGCCCGAGUCAACAUUGCCACAUGUCAAUUCAGUAUCACGGUCACAGACGGUAGUGGAGGUGAUAUGACUGCACCGACAGUCAGUGGUUGUCCAUCGGGUGUGUCUGUAACAGCUCCUUCUGGUGCAACAACAGCAACAGCGUCUUGGACCGAACCUACAGCUACCGAUGAUUCCGGGGCAGUACCAACACGUACAUCAAGCCACUCGCCAGGCCAGAGUUUCCCCCUUGGACAGACAAUGGUUGAAUACACAUUCAGGGAUCCAUCUGGCAAUCAGGCCAUGUGUGUCUUUGUUGUCAAUGUUCAAGGAGGCACUGGAGACACCACCGCCCCAGUGAUCAGUGGAUGUCCAUCGGGUGUGUCUAUAUCUGUCCCAACUGGUGUUACUUCAGCAACAGUGUCUUGGACUGAGCCUACAGCAACAGACAAUUCCGGAGUAGAACCGACACGUACAUCAAGCCACUCGCCGGGCCAGAGCUUCAACGUCGGAAUGACAAAUGUGAUAUACACAUUCAGGGAUCCUUCUCAGAAUAUGGCAACCUGUUCCUUCAUUGUCACCGUCCAAGUGGGCGGUGUAGAUAUGACACCUCCUGUCAUCAGUGGUUGCCCAGCCGAUAUAACUGUCAACCCGGAUGCUGGUCAAACCUUUGCCACUGUAACUUGGACACCACCAACAGCAACAGACAACAGUGGAGCUCAGCCAAAUGUAGCCAGUACUCAUAAUCCCGGGCAAAGAUUUAAUGCUAACACAGUCUCCCAAGUAACCUACACAUUCUGGGAUGCCCGAGUCAACAUUGCCACAUGUCAAUUCAGUAUCACGGUCACAGAUGGUAGUGGAGGUGAUAUGACUGCACCGACAGUCAGUGGUUGUCCAUCGGGUGUGUCUGUAACAGCUCCUUCUGGUGCAACAACAGCAACAGCGUCUUGGACCGAACCUACAGCUACCGAUGAUUCCGGGGCAGUACCAACACGUACAUCAAGCCACUCGCCAGGCCAGAGUUUCCCCAUUGGACAGACAAUGGUUGAAUACACAUUCAGGGAUCCAUCUGGCAAUCAGGCCAUGUGUGUCUUUGUUGUCAAUGUUCAAGGAGGCACUGGAGACACCACCGCCCCAGUGAUCAGUGGAUGUCCAUCGGGUGUGUCUAUAUCUGUCCCAACUGGUGUUACUUCAGCAACAGUGUCUUGGACUGAGCCUACAGCAACAGACAAUUCCGGAGCAGAACCGACACGUACAUCAAGCCACUCGCCGGGCCAGAGCUUCAACGUCGGAACGACAAAUGUGAUAUACACAUUCAGGGAUCCUUCUCAGAAUAUGGCAACCUGUUCCUUCAUUGUCACCGUCCAAGUGGGCGGUGUAGAUAUGACACCUCCUGUCAUCAGUGGUUGCCCAGCCGAUAUAACUGUCAACCCGGAUGCUGGUCAAACCUUUGCCACUGUAACUUGGACACCACCAACAGCAACAGACAACAGUGGAGCUCAGCCAAAUGUAGCCAGUACUCAUAAUCCCGGGCAAAGAUUUAAUGCUAACACAGUCUCCCGAGUAACCUACACAUUCUGGGAUGCCCGAGUCAACAUUGCCACAUGUCAAUUCAGUAUCACGGUCACAGAUGGUAGUGGAGGUGAUAUGACUGCACCGACAGUCAGUGGUUGUCCAUCGGGUGUGUCUGUAACAGCUCCUUCUGGUGCAACAACAGCAACAGCGUCUUGGACCGAACCUACAGCUACCGAUGAUUCCGGGGCAGUACCAACACGUACAUCAAGCCACUCACCAGGCCAGAGUUUCCCCAUUGGACAGACAAUGGUUCAGUACACAUUCAGGGAUCCAACUGGCAAUCAGGCCAUGUGUGUCUUUGUUGUCAAUGUUCAAGGGUCAGGGACGGAUACAACAGCCCCAGUCGUCAGUGGUUGUCCCACGGCAGAUGUGACGGCCAGAUCACCGAUAGGCGCAUCAACGAUAAUUGUGAGAUGGACUGAACCCAGCGCAACUGAUGACUCUGGAGGACAAGUUAGCGUCACGGCAAGCCACUCACCAGGCCAGAGCUUCCCCGUCGGAAUGACAAAUGUGGUGUACACAUUCAGGGACCCGACUGGAAAUUCGGCAGGCUGUGCCUUUGUUGUAAACGUCAUAGCUGACACUCGUGUCCCAGUCAUCACAGGCUGUCCCACAGCUGCCUCCGGGGUUGCCCCGUCCGGAUCCACCACCGGCACAGCCACGUGGAAUGAGCCAACGGCAGCUGACGACGACAACUUACCGGUACGAGUGGCCCGAUCCCACACCCCCGGUUCUUCGUUCCAGAUCGGUGGCACCACAGUGCGUUACAUAUUCAUGGACUCGGCAGGAAACCAGGCCAUUUGCAGUUUUGUUGUCACCAUCACAUCAUCAGGAGGCGGGGACACGACCCCUCCAACCAUCGUCUGCCCUGCAAGCAUCACCGGUUACGUCAGAGAGAUCACUCAGGUCCUGUCGUUCACCUGGUCCAAUCCCACCGUCUCGGAUGACAGUGGUGUUCAACCCACAGUGACCACCAGCCCAAAUUAUCCUCAGCCCACUGGCACCUUUGAUUUUGGCACGUACCAAAUCACCUACACUGCUGAAGAUGGAGCUGGAAAUAUGGCCUCCUGCACACUCACCAUCAACGUCAUUCUGGACACCCAGCCUCCGACUUUCACAGGUUGCCCGGCUCAACGCCAGUCCCUGUUGCCGUCCGGCAGCGACAGUGUGAUAGUCACAUGGACUGAGCCUGUAGGUUCUGAUAACAUUGGCAUUACCAAUACUGAACGCAGCCAUAGACCAGGAGACAGCUUCGGUUUGGGCAUCACUCAAGUCACCUAUACCUUCUCUGACCGGGCCGGCAAUCAAGCCAGCUGCAUAUUUUCAGUCAAUGUCACAGCACGCACAAGCAACCCGUGCGAGAGUAACCCUUGCUCUGGAUCAACCCCAAGGUGCUUUUACACGAGUGAUGAAUACCUCUGUCUUCCCCCAGUUCGCAAGAGGAGGGACUCUGGUGACGUAGCAAAUGGUCCGUGCGAACACGGGGGUCUGGCAGUUGAAGUCAGCACAGAUCCACCAAGUUUCUACUGUGCCUGCCCUAAUGGCUACACUGGAAUACUGUGUCAGAUCAGGGAAGUGAGUAUCUGUGAACCCAAUCCCUGUGCCAACAAUGGGACCUGCUACCCGACACCCUCCAGUGAGAUAGGAUACGAGUGCGAAUGCCAGCCGGGAUGGGUGGGGCAAGACUGUACAGGAAGGAGUCGGGAUAACAUCCGUGAUCUCCAAGACCGUUCCCCCAUACAUUCCACGAUGACCUGGAUCAUGGUAUCGGUAGCCGGUGUCCUGGCAACCUUCGCUAUUAUCCUAGCUGCGAUGUUCUGUCGCCUGGCUCCCCGCCUCACCAAUCCGAAACUCCGUUAUGACGAAGUCCCCAUCGUUCACUAGGACGAGGCUCUGAAACGGAGCGUCAUUUGUUUAUUUUUAAAAUAAUGACAAUCUAUAAAAGCUUUUCUUUAAGAUGUUUUUAAAAAUUGCUUCUCGCAUAAAUUUCAAAUGGUGACUGCUUAAUAAAAAAUAUAUAUAUUUGGUAGUUAUAUUAGAGAGGUGUUUUUAUACCAAGUUGCUACGAUAAGUGUAUGUUUUAUGAUUUGCUGGUUUAUCACUUAUUGACAGAAAUCAGAUUGCCAACUCCAGAAGUAAAUAUGCACACUGUGUGUUGUAGCUACAUUUUGAUUGUUCACAAGUUGUGGCAGGUUGCAAAUUUGUGUUCAAGUCCUUAAUUAUGAACCCAAAUUUGUGGCAGAGUAAAGUAUGGUUUAGUGUAUUAUGUCACGGGUUAGAACUGGUCGGACAAGUUGUCGUUUUUAACCAAGACAUUAAAGCAUAUGUUGUUUAACUUUCAGAUUAUUUUUGAAACAAAGCAAUAAUAAGAAUUUUAAAUUUCCAUUAAAAAAACAAAUCCUCUAAAAACGUACACAACCUAACAAAUAACUACCGACAGACUUUUUUUAGCACUCGAUACUGCCUGCAAAAUUUUGUUUGAAAUAGAGUGUCAGACACUGUGCAUGGUAUCUUGGCUUUUGUCAGUUUUGUGGUUUUACCAGUUUAAUCAAUAAUUUGUGUUCAGACAACUCCUUAUUAAUGGUGGCUGGUUUUAAAUUAGUCAGAGAAAAUGUUUUAGUUAACGUAUUAAUUAUCUUGUACGUUAGAUAUCUAUUGUUAGAUUUAAAGUGAAUAGAUACAACCAUAUAUGAAGGUUAGUGGGGCUGGUAGCAGUGUUUUUAUCUGCGGCACACAUCGCCAAUGAAUCAUGAUUAUUCAGCUAGUUCGAUGUUUAUUCAUGAGAAUAUAACAAUGACGUCACACCAUUGCUAUCACUCAGUCAUGCAUGUACUUUGCUUUUCACAGAACGGCUUUCGUCGAGCUGCCACAGUGGCCCAUGUCCAUUUUCAUCAAAUAUACUUGUCGGUUGGGAUAAGAUUAAUUGAAGGGAAAACACUAUGAGAACCUAAGUGUCUUCCACCCACACAGCGUGAUAAAUAUUCAUGUUUAGGAUGCGUGAUGUGAUUGGUUAAAAUACGAUGCUGCAAAAAAAAAAAAAAUACUUGAGCUGGUACUGCAAAUUUAUUUUAGUAAUUAAUUGAUUUGCCAUCAGUGUUUACAUGUUAUAUUGUACCACUGGAUGCAAUUCUUUGUUUCAGUCGAUGUUUUUAAAGUUCAUGUGACCGAGUCAAUCAGAACAUUUUCACAAGUUAACAUUUACAGUGCCAAUGUGUUAGUAGCGAAGUAAUGCCAAAAUGCUAUCAAUGAGAUUUUUGUUAAAAUUGGUUAAUAUUUUUAUGGCCAUUUCUUUUAAUUUAAGACAAAUUUAAAAAAAAAUCUGUAUUUUGCUUUGUGCCUAUCUUGGCCCUCCCGGUUUGAUCCCACCCUACAUUAUUCACAUAUUAUUCAGAUGAGGAAGUUUAUACUAUUAAAUAUUUUGCUAGUGAUAUUAAGGAGCACCAAUAUUAAACCACUGAGACUGUGCAAAAGCUUUUUAUUAAAUAAUUUCUUUAUCAAGUUCUGUAGUGAUAGUUAUGAAGCGUAAUGGUAUUCAUUGUAAUUCCCUCUCGGAAAGUAAGCAUGUGACGAACGCAGAUUUCUUAGCUUUUAGAAAUUCAUAAACAGGAUGAAAAGCAAUAAAGGAAUAAAUCAAAGCAAACAUAAUUGCUCGUCAUUAGAAAGUAUUGAUUUAAUUACACACUAGUUGUAUGACAGCUAUGCUUUGCUCAAUUUAAGUCAAUCUGCAUUUUACCUCAUGUUUGCAAUCGUGCAUAAGAUUAUAAGAAGAUCGAUAUUCCUUUAAAGGUCUGUAACGCAUGGGUUUAAUGUCAUUAAAAAUGGAAAUAUAAAGAGAGCAGACGUUU